UUUGCAGUUAAGUUUUUGGAGGUCAUCAAGCCGUUCUGUGCGGUCUUACCUGAAAUUCAGAAACCAGAAAGAAAGAUUCAGUUUAGAGAAAAAGUACUAUGGACAGCUAUCACGCUCUUCAUUUUCCUGGUGUGCUGCCAGAUCCCUCUCUUUGGCAUCAUGUCAUCAGAUUCAGCCGAUCCUUUCUACUGGAUGAGAGUAAUUCUGGCUUCCAACAGAGGUACUCUGAUGGAGCUGGGUAUCUCACCCAUCGUCACGUCAGGCCUCAUCAUGCAGCUGCUUGCUGGUGCCAAGAUCAUUGAGGUCGGAGAUACGCCCAAGGACCGUGCGCUCUUCAAUGGCGCCCAGAAAUUGUUUGGUAUGAUCAUCACCAUCGGGCAGGCGAUCGUAUAUGUCAUGACUGGCAUGUAUGGUGACCCCUCAGAGAUGGGUGCUGGAAUAUGCUUGCUCAUCAUCAUCCAGCUUUUUGUUGCUGGUUUGAUUGUUCUGCUGCUUGAUGAGCUGCUCCAGAAAGGCUACGGUCUGGGCUCUGGUAUCUCUCUUUUCAUUGCCACCAACAUUUGCGAGACCAUUGUCUGGAAGGCUUUCAGUCCCACCACUGUAAACACUGGCAGAGGUACCGAGUUUGAGGGCGCCAUUAUUGCUCUCUUUCACCUGUUGGCCACUCGCACGGACAAAGUACGCGCUCUGCGAGAAGCAUUCUACAGGCAAAACCUGCCCAACCUCAUGAACCUCAUCGCCACGGUCUUUGUUUUCGCAGUGGUCAUAUACUUCCAGGGAUUCAGGGUGGACCUACCUAUCAAGUCAGCCCGCUAUCGCGGUCAAUACAACACGUACCCCAUCAAACUGUUCUAUACCUCCAACAUCCCCAUCAUCCUCCAGUCAGCCUUGGUUUCCAAUCUUUACGUCAUCUCCCAAAUGCUGUCAACACGUUUCAGUGGAAACUUCUUGGUUAAUCUCCUGGGCACGUGGUCUGACACAUCGACUGGUGGACCAGCUCGAGCCUACCCAGUAGGCGGUCUCUGCUACUACUUGUCUCCCCCAGAAUCCUUUGGUUCUGUUCUUGAUGACCCGGUUCACGCUGUCAUCUACAUUGUCUUCAUGCUUGGCUCUUGUGCCUUCUUUUCCAAGACCUGGAUUGAAGUUUCGGGAUCCUCUGCCAAAGAUGUGGCUAAGCAACUGAAAGAGCAGCAGAUGGUGAUGAGGGGACACAGAGAGACUUCCAUGGUGCAUGAGCUGAACAGGUACAUCCCCACAGCUGCUGCCUUUGGUGGUCUUUGUAUAGGAGGCCUGUCUGUAAUGGCUGACUUCCUGGGGGCCAUCGGUUCUGGCACAGGAAUCCUUUUGGCCGUGACUAUCAUCUACCAGUACUUUGAGAUAUUUGUAAAAGAGCAGAGUGAAGUGGGAAGCAUGGGAGCUCUGCUCUUCUAG